AUGACGAAGCGACUCCAACCUCUCUUAUCUGGAAUCAUUUCCGAAAACCAGUCCGCCUUCGUACCAGGUCGGGCCAUCUCGGAUAAUGUUCUCAUUACGCAUGAAGUCCUCCAUUAUCUCAAGACGUCAGACGCGGAACAGCGAUGCAAUAUGGCGGUGAAAACCGAUAUGAGCAAAGCUUACGAUCGACUAGAGUGGGAGUUCAUUCAGUGUGUGAUGUGUCGGCUGGGUUUUCACCCGAAAUGGAUUGCUCUUGUGAUGCAAUGUAUAUCUACUGUUACGUACUCUUUCCUCAUUAACGGCGCGCCUAGAGGAAAAGUCACACCGAGUCGGGGAAUCCGUCAAGGAGACCCACUCUCACCAUACAUCUUCAUCUUGUGUAGUGAGGUUUUCUCGGGCUUAUGUAACAGAGCGCAAUCGGAGGGUUCCCUACAAGGAAUUAGUGUAGCUCGGGGGAGUCCUCGACUAAACCACCUUCUAUUUGCCGAUGAUACCAUGUUCUUUAUAAGAGCAAGCAAAGAAAGUAGCGAGGCCCUGAAAAGGAUCUUAACUCAGUAUGAAGAAGCAUCCGGGCAAUGCAUCAACACCGACAAAUCCUCCAUCACAUUCUCCAAAAGAACCCCAUCGCUGCUCAAAGAUACAGUCAAGGAUAUUCUCUCGGUACAAAAUGAAGGUGGAACGGGCAAAUACUUGGGACUGCCAGAACUCUUCGGUAGGAAGAAAAGAGAUCUUUUCGCAUCAAUUGUCGACAGGAUCAAGCAAAAAGCAUCCGGCUGGUCCAACAGAUUUCUAUCAACCGCCGGGAAGAUGACGAUGCUUAGAAGUGUUCUCUCCCCAAUCCCGUCAUUUGCCAUGACCUGUUUUCAGCUCCCGGUUUCCCUUUGCCAGCAAAUCCAGUCCGCCCUAACCCGAUUCUGGUGGGAUAACAGCAGCGGUAGUAAUAAGAUCGCUUGGAUUGCAUGGACAAAACUGAUCCUCCCGAAGGAGCAGGGCGGAUUAGACUUCAGAGAUAUUCAGAGCAUCAAUGAUGCAUUCUUAGCUAAGCUCAGCUGGAGAAUUAUUCGAAAUCCUGAGAGCCUUCUUGGAAGAAUCCUUCUCGGCAAAUACUGCCCUACCGGUGACUUUCUGACAUGUUCUGUUAGCAGUGCCCCAUCUCAUGGAUGGCGUGGGAUCUUGGUAGGCACAGAUAUCAUAUUAGAGAAUGCGGGAUGGGCUGUUGGUGAUGGAGCAAACCUCAGUGUGUGGGAAUCUCCCUGGCUCAGCCUCACCCAACGAGAAAGACCUAUGGGACCGGCCCCGAAACACCUUACCAAUCUCAAAGUUGCAGACCUUUUCCUGCCAGAGAAAAAUGAAUGGGAUCUUGCAAGGAUAAGCCAGUGGCUCCCGUUUGAAGAGGAGAAGAUUAGAAUGUUGAAGCCAAGCCUGAGUGGAGCUCCAGACAAGAUCUUUUGGUUAAAAUCCGCCAGUGGAGAAUAUACGACGAAGACAGGCUACGCGACGGCUCUUCCGCUCCAUCUCGAUCAAGCUUUGAUCCCUCAAGGAGAACCUGACUACAAUUGGAAGCAAAAUGUGUGGAACCUCCAUACUGCUUCGAAGAUUAAAUUGUUUGUGUGGAAAACACUCCACGGAGCCUUACCGGUUGGUGAACAACUACUGGCGAGACAAAUACAAGUUGAUGGGAAAUGCAAGCUUUGUGGUCUUUCCGAAUCUAUUGAUCAUCUGUUCCUUCACUGCAAAUUUGCUAAAGAGGUCUGCAAAUCAGCACCGGUGUGGCCAAGCAAUGAUUACAGCGGAACGAUAGAUUUGAGAAGUGAAUGGCGUAGUCUCUGCACUAGGAAAAAUCUCCCCCCGACAGGACUCUCGUCGGGAGCUCUAGCGCCUUGGAUUCUGUGGCAAUUAUGGAAAGCAAGGAACAGUUUGAUAUUCAAGGAUAAAGGCUUCUCGGCAACAGAAGUUAUCUCCAUGGCUAUAGCUGCAGCUCGGGAAUGGAACGACAGCCAGCACAAGACCCCUGUUUUGAGCCGCUCGCAACCAAUUAGAACGAUCCCUCAGGAGAGGUGUGUCCUGGUAAGAUCUGAUGCUGCCUGGUCGGAGGCAAAUAAUAUUGCAGGGCUUGGAUGGAUUGUUAAAUCGCAGAGUAGAACAUCUUCUUUUUCCUCGCCGAGGAGAUUUGUAGGCUCCCCACUCGUAGCAGAAGGACUGGCUCUGCGUGAGGCUGUGACAAAGUGCAAAGAACUUGGCCUCACUAGGGUGAGAUUCGAGUCUGACUGUGAUCAACUCAUCAAAGCCCUGACCUCAGACUACCCUAUGGCUGCACUCUACGGCAUCGUCUCUGAUAUUAAGUCUGUUGCUCUAUCUUUUGAAUGUAUUUCAUUUUCGUGGAUCUCUCGUGAGAAAAACAGUGAGGCAUAUUCAUUGGCAAAACAAGCCUUGGUGGCUGAGGGAGAUACCAAUAGUUACUGA